CAGAGCCCACGCCGUCAGGAUCUGAACGAAGUGUCUCGUCAAUCCUGCACCACGCGCAUCUAUCUCGAAUAAAUAAUAAAAUGGAAGGCUUCGCUCUUGAUUUGAUCCUCGGUGACUGAUCAAGUCAAAAAAAAAAGCACAGCUGUUCACCGGGAACCUAUUUUAUCGCGUUGUCUUUGUGGACUAUCAUUUUUUCUCCUUGCUUUUCCCUUCCGCUUCCCAGUGAAAAACGGAGCAUCGCCCCCACAUUCCGUUAGAAAACACCUCUCGAUGGAACUUGGGAACGACUCGACUAUCGUCACGGAAAAGGCGACGGCCUAUGAAGACCAAGAUGCAUGCGACCUCGCGGCCAUGGGCCACGAGCAGGUGCUCACCCGCAAAUUCAGUAUAUGGAGCAUGUUCGCUCUGGCGUUCUGUGUACUAGGCACGUGGUCUACUUUCGCUCAGAAUCUUUUGCAACGUCUGCGUGGCUGUGUCUCUCGGAGAAAUCUGCAGCAGCAUGCCAACCGCGUUGGGACAAGCCUACUGGAUUUCACAGCUGUGGGAUACACGCUGGGGCCGUUUCAUGUCCUACAUGUGUGCCUGGAUCAAUGUAUUUGGGUGGUGGACUCUCGCCGCCUCGCAGGUGGCGUUUAUGACGGACUUCAUUCUGGGAAUGAAGGUCAUGUUUGACGUGGAAUGGACGGGGGCGCAGACUGGAUGGCUGGAGUUUUGUGUUUAUAUUGGCUUGGUCUUUGCCCUCACCCUCAUCAAUGUUACUGGUUGCCGGAAAGAACAGAUCCUGCCCUGGCUGAAUAACACUGUGGGGGUAUGGUUUGUGGGCUUGUUCGUUGUGUUCGCAUUGGCCCUGCUGAUUUCCGUGGGCACCAAAUCGGGUCUAUCCUUCCAACCGGCAAAUUUUGCCUUUGGAAGUUGGAUCAAUGAGACCGGCUGGCAGGAUGGUGUGGUCUGGUUUAUUGGACUAGUACAGGCUGCAUAUGGCCUGACAGCCUUUGAUGCAGUCAUCCACAUGGUGGAAGAGAUUCCUUCCCCACGACAGAACGCGCCGAAAGUUAUCUAUCUCGCUGUACUCUCCGGGGCCGCCAGUGGUUUUAUCUUCAUGGUGGUCUGCCUCUUUUGCAUUCAGGAUAUCAACAGAGUCAUCAAUUCUCCGACUGGGUUACCGUUUAUCGAGCUUGCCCAGGAAACGAUUGGCUUGGAGGGAGGUGCUGUCCUUAUUGCCCUCUUCAUCCUCAAUGGCGUCGGCCAGGGAGUGAGUAUAUUGACCACGGCAUCUCGUCUGACUUGGGGAUUUGCACGGGACGGUGGGCUGCCAUUCAACCGAUACCUCUCCCAUAUAGAUCCGGUGUGGAAGGCUCCUGUCAGAGCUCUGUGGUUUCAAGGAGUCCUGAUCGCUCUCGUGGGAGUCCUAUUCUUAUUCGCCGAGACUGUCUUGACUGCCAUUCUCAGCGUCAGCACCAUCGCCCUGACCAUCUCCUAUGGUCUGCCAAUCUUGGCCUUGCUUAUCAGGGGACGCAGCCACCUCCCCCCUGGUCCGUUUUACCUGGGGAGAUUAGGGGCACCUGCGAAUUGGGUGAGCGUUAUAUACUGCGCCAUUACGACUGUUUUCUUUUUCUUCCCCAGCACUCCCAGCCCGUCGGGCUCUGAUAUGAACUACGCCAUUGCUGUCUUUGGCGUGAUGCUCCUGAUUGCCCUGUCAUUCUGGUUUAUUCAGGGAAACAGUAGCUACAUGAACACGGAGGAGUCACUUUCUUUGAGCCACGGCCGAGAGGUUCAGGAAGAUGCCACCGAUUCUGCGAUGGAGACGACGGCAAAGGACGGAACUAAGUGACGCCAGUUUUGAUUUCGGCGAUGAGGAAUGUACCAACAACGCAUUAUGAUUACUUCAAUGAUGAAACUAGCGAAUAUACCACCUACAUAAAAUGAAAA